AUGAAAUUAUUCCUAUGUAUAAUUUUUAUAAUUGCAUCAGCUAAUGCUGUGAAAGAGUACUUGUUUAAAUCAUGCAGCCAAUCUGGGUUUUGCCAUAGGAAUAGACACUAUGCCACAGAAGUUUCCAACAGUAAAAACUUUCAAUCUCCUUAUUCUAUAGACUCGAUUCAAGUUGACAAUGAUACAAUCACUGGUAUCGUGUUUAAACACUUGCCACAGUUAGAACAUCCAAUCCAGCUUCCAUUUGAAAUUAGUAUAAUUGAAGAUAAUUUUCGAUUCAAAUUGACGGAAAAACAGAAUAUAGUCACCAAAAACGUCAACCCAGUAAGAUACAACGAAACAGAGAAAUUGGCAUUUAAACAAGGUGUCAAGAAAAGUAAGGGUUUUGAUGUCUCAUUGAGAGAUAAUGAAGCCAGCAUUAUCUAUGGUGAGCAUGAAGUUUUGAUACAGUAUCAUCCAAUUGUGUUUGUUUUCAAGUACGCUGGUAAAGAGCAAUUGAGAAUUAACGAUAAACAGUUCCUAAACAUCGAGCACCGAAGAUUAAAAGACGAAAAUGAAACUAACAUGUUACCUCAAGAGUCUGAUUUCAACAUGUUUUCAGACUCGUUUCAAGAUUCAAAGUUUGACAGUUUGCCGUUGGGACCCGAAUCCAUUGGUCUUGAUUUUACCUUGAGGGGAUUUUCAAAUUUGUACGGUAUUCCAGAACACGCAGACUCCUUAUUAUUAAAAGAUACCACUUCUGGUGAACCUUAUAGAUUGUACAAUGUUGAUAUUUUUGAGUAUGAACCCAAUUCGAGAUUGCCCAUGUAUGGCUCUAUUCCGUUAGUUGUUGCAGCAAAACCCGAUGUUUCAAUUGGUAUUUUUUGGUUAAACAGUGCCGACACAUAUGUUGAUAUUCACAAGAGUAAGAGCUCCACUGUUCAUUGGAUGUCAGAAAACGGAAUUUUGGAUUUCAUUGUGAUUAUUGAAAAGAGUCCUGCUAUGGUCAAUCAGCAGUACGGAAAAGUGACGGGGAACACCCAAUUACCUCCAUUAUUCUCUUUGGGGUACCAUCAAUGUAGAUGGAACUACAACGACGAAAAAGACGUCUUGGAGGUGCACGCAAAGUUUGACGAGUAUGAAAUUCCGUAUGACACCAUUUGGUUAGAUAUAGAAUACACUGACGAAAAGAAAUAUUUCACUUGGCAUAAAGAGAACUUUGCUACACCCGAAAAAAUGCUUCGGGAAUUGGAUCGAACAGGAAGAAAUUUAGUGGCAAUCAUCGACCCCCAUAUUAAAACUGGAUACGAAGUCAGCGAUGAGAUUAUCAAAAAGGGAUUGACAAUGAAAGACUCCAACAACGAAACAUACUAUGGACACUGCUGGCCCGGAGAGUCUGUUUGGAUUGACACCUUGAAUCCAAACUCUCAAAACUUUUGGGACAAGAAGCACAAAGAGUUUAUGACUCCAGCGCCCAACCUUCACUUGUGGAAUGAUAUGAAUGAGCCGUCGGUAUUCAAUGGCCCAGAGACUAGUGCACCAAAAGAUAAUUUGCAUUUUGGGCAAUGGGAACACCGUUCUGUACAUAAUGUGUUUGGUUUAUCGUAUCAUGAAGCAACAUUCGAUUCACUUCUCAACAGAUCACCUGAAAGACGGCCGUUUAUUUUGACAAGAUCCUACUUUGCUGGCUCACAAAGAACCGCGGCCAUGUGGACAGGUGAUAAUAUGUCGAAAUGGGAGUAUCUAAAGAUAUCAAUUCCCAUGGUUUUAACUUCAAAUGUUGUUGGCAUGCCAUUUGCAGGUGCUGACGUUGGCGGGUUUUUCGGAAACCCAUCGAACGAGUUGUUGACUCGUUGGUACCAAACUGGUAUUUGGUACCCAUUUUUCAGAGCCCAUGCACACAUUGAUUCAAGAAGAAGAGAGCCAUGGUUGGCAGGUGAGCCAUACACACAGUACAUUAGAGAUGCAAUUAGAUUAAGGUACGCAUUGUUGCCAUUGUUCUAUACUAGUUUCUACGAAGCAUCAAAGACUGGAACACCAGUUUUAAAACCGGUAUUUUAUGAAAGCACACAUAAAUCAGAUAGUUAUGCAAUUGAUGAUGAAUUUUUCAUUGGGGAUUCAGGACUAUUGGUGAAGCCAGUAACAGAUGAAGGUGCAAAAGAUAUUGAAUUUUAUUUGCCAGAUGAUAAAGUUUAUUAUGAUUUUACAAACGGAAUUUUACAAGGAGUUUAUAAGGGUGGUAAAAAACCUGUUCAGCUUAGUGAUAUACCGAUGCUUUUGAAGGGCGGAUCCAUUAUCCCCAUGAAAAAUCGCUACAGAAGAUCCUCAAAAUUGAUGAAAUCCGACCCUUACACCUUGAUAAUUGCUUUGGACAAAAAAGGGUCUGCUUCUGGUACACUUUACGUUGAUGACGGUGAAACUUUCGCUCAGGGAACAGAAGUUGCCUUUACUGUUAACAAUAAUAUCAUUAGUGCCAAGAAGAUUGGACCAACUGCAUCGAUCCCAAUUGAAAAAAUAAUCGUGGCAUCGGAGGGGAAAACUACUACGUUGAAGAAUCCUAAACUAGACAUCUACCUGGACUGGAGUCUCCGCUUUAGUUUUGGAAUCGACCACGACGAACUAUAA